AUGACGGCCAAGCCGCCGAGCCCGAUCGACAUUCCGCUCAAGAAGCUUCUAGAGGGCCUCAUUGACCGCAAGAUCGUGUCGCCGCAGUGGCAGGACCAGUUGCGGCCGGUGAAAGCUGCGAUCGCCGAGGCUCUGGAGACCUUGCCGACACAUGCCCAGCACAUUGUGGCCGGCAAAGCGGCGGACGACGUGCUCUUCUUCGACUGCAAGGCGAUGCUAGCGCACUUGGAAGCGUCCGACGAGGCGAAAGCGACCAACUUCUUUGGCCAAUACACGUCGCCGGUUCUCAAGGCGUGGAUGGCCAUCACCAAGUCGUACGAGGUCCACGCUCUCUUUGCUGCCGAGGCCGCGCGUCGGCUCAACCAGGACGCCACGUUUGAAAUUCCCGCGCUGCGAAAAGCCAUUGCGCUGCAUGAAAAGCACGUGGGCGACAAUCACCGCAAGAUCGCCGACUAUACCAAAGGGAUUUCCGAGUGCAAUAAGGCAUUUGCGGCCGCGUGCGCCGACCUUCAGAUCCCGGGCUUUGACGUCCGCCUCGAGCUCCAAGCACUCGUGUACGACCUUCCCAGUCUCUUCCGCGGCGUCGCCGGCGUCCUCAACACGCCGACACUGCGUGACGCCGGAGCCUACCAUGCGGCGCUGCAAGCGCAUUUGCACGCAGCAUCGUCGACGCUGCCGCCUGCGCUCUCGUCGCUUGACGCCUUCUGGGCCGCGCCCCUUGUGGAGCCGGCAGACGUGGCGCCCAGUGCGCCAAGCGAGGUGGUCGAGAUCCAGUGGGACGCAACGGCCAUCGAGCUGAGCGACGGCGGCAUCGACUGGGGCAGCGACGACUCGGCGGUGAUCAAGUGGGACAUUUCAUCUGUCGACACACAGGACGCGCCGAGUCGUAACGAGCUUGCAACGACGCAAGUCGACCAGCUUUUGCAUGGCGAGACCCGCGCCAAGCUCACGAACGACCUCUUAGAGCUCCGCGCCUUCCUCUUGCAACGGCGCAUCGAGCUGCAGACACCGGACGUUGCCUUUGCCAACCAGUUUCAGACAAGCGCCCCCCUUCUCGCACAGCAAAGCGUCGAGAGCACGAAAGGGUACUUGGCAGCGGUCGACGCGGCCCUCGCCGCACUCCGUGAGAAGCGGCUGCAACACGUCUUGCUCAUCAAGCUUUCACCUCGCUACCUCGAUCGCCUUGUGGCGACCCUCGAGCUGCACAUGACCAAGGCUGAGAAGCUCCACGGCGCCAUUCGGACCCUCGAAGACAAGAACAGUGAGCUCACCGAUCUUGUCGCGACGAGCCACGCCAAGGUCCGAGAGCUCAUGGCGUCGACCAAGAGCCUCCAAAUGCAGCUCGAAACGUCAUUGCCAACCCUCUUCAAGGGUCAUCCCGUGCACAUUUUAGGGGAACUCAACCGAUUUUAA